CUUCUUUUCUCUCCUCAAUUCAUACAAACUUAUGGGGUUCAGUAGCAAACAGGUUUCUGGUGAUCAUCUUGAGCUCAAUUGGACACAAACUAUGUUAGGAUCAGAUACCAAUACUCAAUCGCCAAACCCUCGUUCAACUGGCAUCAAAAGACCGCUACAAACGCAGCAAUCCGACCCUUUAAAGUGUCCGAGAUGCGAAUCCACAAACACCAAGUUUUGUUACUACAACAAUUACAACAAAACGCAGCCUCGCCACUUUUGUAAAGCUUGUAAGCGGCAUUGGACCAAAGGCGGCACUCUUCGCAACGUCCCAGUUGGCGGUGGCCGGAAAAACAAGCGUGCAAAGCGGUCUAACAGUGGAGUCAUGGCGGCUGGCACCGCCGCCACCACCACGGUGGAUCAUCAUCACGGUGUUCAUUCAUUAGGGUUGAGUGAUCAGAAAUACUUGUUUUCAGAUGAUAAAGGGUUGUUCUUUAAACCGAUUGAUAGCGAUGGGAAAGGUGUUCUUGAAUCAUAUACGGAUAAUAUUGAUCGAGUUUCUUGGGAUUUUAAUGGCGGUUUCACUGGUCCCACCAAUAUGCCGCAAUUGCCCCAUCAAAGUUUAGGGUUUUCAAUGCUGUCAAACUUGAGCUCCAUCGAUACAAACCCGAUUCCCAUCAUCCCAACCUCUUUUUCGCCAUUAUUAACUGGAUUCAAGGAGGAUUCAACAACAAGAUCAAUGAUCAUGCCAAACUCUUCUUCAACCGCCAUUAACGUUUCUCAACCAUGGCUGCAAGUUCCAAGCACCAGCAAUUUCUUGGAAUCAAACUAUUGGAACUGGAAUGACAUUGAUUCAAUGGUUCAAGCGGAUCUAAACAAACCCUUUGAAGAUCAACAAUUGAAACCCUGAAUGGAGGUGAGAUUUAUAAGAUUAAUUAACCAUAUUUAGAAUGAUUUUGUGUUAGGGUUUUUGUUGUUUAUUUUUUUCUUCUUUUUUUUUUUUUGAGAAUUGGGGAGUGAGAUCAUAUGAACAUGUAACUAAUUAAUGGUCUUUGGAUGUAUACUGUUUGAAGCUGUAUUCUUUUAGUAUUUCAGCUUCAUGGGUUUUAAUUAUAUAUCUCUUGGU